AUGACGACCCCUUCGACGGCGGAUUCGCCCACGACGUCCAAGGAGACAAUGGUUGAUGAAAAUGGCAUACUGAGGACCGAUACUCGCCAUGAUCGGGUUGUGGAUAUCGAUGAGAAGAGCAAAAAGGACGACAGUGCCGUCGACUCAGAGUCCAGUGAUCAUGAGCAGCCACAAAAAGAGUUUAAGGAAGGUGGAUAUGGCUGGGUCGUGGUCCUAGUCGUUUUCCUGAUCAACUUCCAUACCUGGGGCAUGAACUCAGCAUACGCUGUGUUCUUAGCUUACUACCUCACCUCUAAUGCCUUCCCGGGAUCAAGCGCAAUAUCCUUUGCUUUUGUUGGUGCCCUUCUCCUCGCUCCACUAGCAACAAUUUCCAUCCGGAAGUACGGUACCCGCACCUGUCUCCAGAUCGGCGUGAUCCUAGAGACAGCUGCUUUCAUCGGCGCUUCGUUCACCUCCCAGAUAUGGCACCUCGUCCUCUCUCAGGGAAUAGCCUUCGGUGCGGGCAUGGGCUUUCUUUUCACAGGCUCGGUUGGCCUGAUACCGCAGUGGUUCCACCAGAAGCGCUCUCUUGCAAAUUCUAUAGGGACUGCCGGAUCCGGCUUUGGUGGUCUGACGUAUUCCCUGGCAGCCCAUGCUAUGAUCGAAAAUCUCGGCCUUUCAUGGGCUUUUCGAAUUCUGGCCAUCCUGGCGUUUGUCGUGAACGGCGUCUGCAGCUUCCUGGCGCGGGAUAGGAACAAGGAGGUCGGCGCAGUUCACCAGGCGUUCCACAAGGAGCUUUUCAAAAAGGUAGAGUUAUAUCUGUACUUGGCCUGGGGUUUCUUCUCGAUCCUCGGAUAUAUCAUUGUCGUCUUCUCACUGGCGUCCUACGCCUCGGCAGUGGGGUUCACGGCAAAUCAGGGGUCUAUUAUAGCAGCCAUUUUCAACUUGUCUCAAGGCUUGGGAAGACCAGUAAUAGGCCUGUUCAGUGACAAGGUUGGCCGGAUCAAUGUUGCCGCCCUGGGCACACUCAUCGCUGGCCUGGCGGCCUUUUUCCUGUGGACCUUCGCGGCCAAGAACUUUGCUGGCGCCAUUGUCUACAGCUUGUUCGGUGCCUUCGCGGGCUGCAUCUGGCCCUGCAUAGCGCCUGUCGGCGUCGAGGUCGUGGGAUUGCAGCUGUUGCCCUCUGUGAUGUCCGUCACAUGGUUGGUGCUGGUCUUGCCUGCAACCUUCGCCGAGGUCAUUGGCCUUAGCCUCGUGGAGCCCGGGAAGGACGGGUAUCUGCACGUGCAGGUGUAUACAGGGGCGAUGUUCGUCACAGCAUUUGCUGCUCUCUGGGCCCUGCGGGUAUGGAAAAUACAUGUCAUGGAAACCGCUAAUCUGACGGAGGAAGAGAGGGAACGGGACAUUCGCAACCCUGAUGCCGUGGGGGCGGGAACGCAUGCUUCAUCUGCUGGCCAUAAUUCAUUCUCGAUGGCUUUUGCUCUGAAAGCCUGCUUUUCUCUGACCAAAGUAUAA